AUGCCAAGGAAAGCUCAGCUAUUAAAUUCGUUGGCGAGAGGACGGGUUCGUACCUCGUUUAACAAGUACAAUCUUUUCAAUUUGUAUAAGAAAUCGCAGCUUGGAUUCAGAAAUAAGACUUUAUACCAACAGAAAUGGAGUUCUAAACAGGAAACUCGUGCGUACCAUGGUGAGCACUUGACGGAAAGUAGAUGGCAGACUGUUUUCGAGCCUCAAUUGAAGUCUGUGGCUCAAUUGGAUGCGUCUCUAAGGGGUAGUGACAUUGAACCUACACCAAUUUUGUUGCAGACGUAUGCUGUUUUAGAGAAGAGACUAGACUUUGCGCUUUUCAGAGCUAUGUUUGCAUCUUCCGUGAGACAGGCACGUCAGUUUAUCUUGCAUGGGAAUGUGCAUGUGAAUGGGGUGAAGAUCACUUCUCCUGGUUACACGCUCAAAGCUGGGGACGUGUUCAAGGUCAGAGCAGACAAGGUACUACAAGCGCUUGGAGCCAAGAAGCCUAGUUUGAAGGAAGCCUUGAAGAUUGAUAACACGCAAAUAUACCUAUGGAACAAGUAUGUCAUAGAAGCAAGAAAGAACCCAAGAAAGUUUUGGACAGAGAAGAUUGAAAAGUUGAGGAAGAUGGACAUCAACGACCCUAAGAAGAAGGAAUUCUUGUCUUUCCUUGAGAACUACAAUAAGACUAUGCAUGUUCAAAUGCGUACUGAACUAGAUAAAGUCAACGAAGAGUACUUGAUCCUCAAGGCUCUAUCCAGUGCUAAAGAAGCUAAGGACUUGGAAACUUUGGCCGUUAAAGACUUCCUACCAGCGUUCUACAAUGAUGAGGCAUUAGCUGCAAAGGCCUUCGAAAUUUUCAGAGAAGUCAAGACCUCAAACGCUGUAGAAACUGUUGCCGGUAAGCCUUUGUCUGAAAUUCCUAACGAACAAGCAGAACUAUCGAAGAUUGCUACAGGAAUAGCUAAACCAGCCAAUAACAUUAAGGAUGACUUGAAGAAAAAAUUCAGAUCUAUUCACAAAAUUGCAGUGGAUCUUAGACACAAAUAUGAAGCUGCUGUUAGAGAACACUUCAACCAAAAAAUGGCCUCUGUUGAUUCCGUAGAUAUCCCAUACGACUCCAAAUGGGCAGAAAAAUUACCAUUGCAUCCUAAGAUCAAUGUCGCUGAGCUAUUGGAAAAUGAACAAAAGGCAAAGACUGCCAUCAACCUACCUUGGCAAAAGGGUGUUUUCGGACGCCAAGACCCAUCCAAGCCAUAUUUCACUCCAUGGAAGCCAAGACCUUUCCUAGCGCCAUUUGCUAUCUUGCCACAUCACUUGGAAGUUUCUUUCAAGUCAUGCCAUGCUAUCUACUUGAGAGACCCAGUUGCCCGUCCAGGACAAUCGGAAGUCAUUACUCCAUUCGGAUUGCCCGUUCAUGAACGUUCAUACAUGUACUACCUCAGAAAGGGUAAAUAA